UGACACAUCUAAAAUAGCUACCACAGCCACUAUCCUUGGGUGAGAGCCAUUCAAGCAUCUUUGGCAAAAGUGUGCUUGAAUUUCAAAGUUGGAAACACCUCCACAAAGCCUUGUCUCAUGAGACAGGAUGUGUUUGGACGGUCAUAACGAAGGCCAUAAUCUCGAUCUAAGUAGCUUCGCGAGUCGGGAAACUUUCUCACUCAUUUCGCAGCAUAACGCUCUCUUCACGGAGACAAAAGACAAAAGGCUUCAAGGCCAAAAUGAGCAUCGACCGAGAUGAAAUCCGUCCUGGCCGUCAUGGGAUGGCAAUGAUCGCUCCUGAUUGUGGAAAUAUGCGCCCGCUCUCUCUACGCUGGGUUGUUGGAUGUGUGUAACCCAAAGUGUUCCAUUCACGAGCUCUCCUUGGUCUCGUUCCCUCUUUCCCCUCCUCCUCGUAGUGGCCCUUAUUCCAAAAGGCGCCCCGAAGUUCCCUGCUUUACCCUCGGCCUCGAAUAUUGUGUUCCCUUUUUCAUGUUCCUUUGGCGAUGGAAAAGACAUUUGUUCCCGCUUUUUCAAGCCGAGGCCAGCCUGUGGCCUUCAGUGGUCCCUCUGACUCGGUCCCUCUUCAGUCCUUGGCCAACAGCUGACUGUGGCGGUUGUCCAAUGGCGGGAACUCGUGGAGAAAAGCCCUUCUGUACACGGCCUUAUCUCGACAUUGCAUGUGGAUUCGCUUGCACCGAGUGUACUACAUGUGUUCCAAACCAAAUCGCUAUGGGUCAAUUACGGACUGAUGUGUUGUAAGGUCAGUUCCACCCAAUCCCCCUUUCUCUCCCCACCACUCACUUGUUAAGGCGCCCAGCACACACACACACCCAUAAAAUCCUCCCCUCCCAUUUCAUUUUCUCCCACCCAUUGCCGUACCAGGAUGGCGCCCUCAUUGGUCUUGAAACGGCAGCACUGCUUCCGACGCAUGAUUUGUCCCAUCCAACCUCCAACACCGGAGAAACGACCUCUGAGGCCAUCGCGGGAAUCAGUGUCGCCCUUUGUUGCGCCACUCUCAAGAGGUCGGGAAGAGGCGGCGUUGAUGGGCGGGCGCCGAGGUCGUUUGCUCUUACGAUCUAGUUCUCUCGAGACAAUGGAACGAGGACCCUCUGGUUGGCCCCACAAUGGGAUCAGGAGCUCUUCCAAUACGCCCAUCCACGGCCGAUCUCGAUCCUGUCACUUCCAAUCCCCGAGCAACUUCCAUUCCUCACCACCUAUUGCACUCUCUUCACUUCGAGGACUCUUCUCACCGUCGUCGAGGAUCCCACGAUGGAACAGGCUCCAAUCAUGGUCUUCGAACCGCGAGUUCCUUGACCUUGUUGUUCGGCACGGCCUUUGCUCUCAAGAAAAGUGACCACGGGGACGACAACACAACUAGUCGGCCCAAUUGCGAGACCAAGACCAAAGAAGAAGUCUUGAAGAUCAUUUGCCAGGGGAUUCGUCUCGAGCCCGAGACAAAGGCCGAGGUCAAGGCUGACAACGAGAUCCAAAUCAUAUCGGAUCUAAGUGAUACAGAACCAAAUGCUACUCAAGACCAAAAGGACGAAGAUGAGGUGGAAAAAGGCGGGCAUCUGGAGAAUCAGAUCCGAUUGACAGACAUUGAGGACACUGAAGGUUUGGAGGAAAAGGACCUUCCCCUGACAAUUGAGAACGUUGCCUACUUCCGCCAAUAUGCACCGGAGCAAUCCCUCACGUCGGACACGAAUCAAUCGUUGCCAAGUCAUCAAAGUGGACCAGAAGGCGAAGAUGGCCAAGGUCAGCAAGUGCCCUUUGGCAACGAGGAUCAAGACCAUCAAGAUCCAGUUGUGGAAGCGAACAGCGAGUCGCCAAGAGAACAGGAAGAGGAAGGAGAAGAAGACCCUGACGAGGAGGAAGGGGAGAAGAAUGGCAAAGAGAAGAAGGCCAAAGAGCGCAUAGGCUUCCGAGAGCGCAAAGUGAUCGAAUAUGAGAAUAGGAUCCGAAACUUUUCCACGCCAGACAAGAUCUUCCGAUACUUCGCCACCUACCGGAGCAUUCAGAGCGAUGGAGAGAUCUAUAUGACACCGGGUGACUUUUUAAGAUCUUUGACACCUGGAGCGCUUCAACCAGUUGGUCUCGGUUUGGACCAAUUCCGAAAGUUCGAUCCAGCCGUAGGUGCGUCAGGUGUUGAAGAUGAUUUGGAUCCGAGCUCAAUUUUCUAUCAUCUGGGAGCUCACGGCUUGAUCUCAUUUUCGGAUUAUGUCUUCCUACUCACAAUCCUCUCAACCUCAAGACGUCAAUUUGAAAUCGCGUUCCGCAUGUUUGAUCUGAAUGGAGACGGGGAUGUGGAUGUGGAGGAGUUCGAGAAAGUCCAAGAGAUCAUCCGCCAAACCACUUCCAAUGGCAAGAAACACAGAGACCAUGGCAAUACUGGAAGCACUCUCAAGAAAACUAACACCGCCCUUUCCAAUUACUUUUUCGGUUCGGACAGACAAGGAAAGUUGACCAUUGAUCGCUUCCUGGCCUUCCAAACUCACCUACAAAGAGAUAUUUUGGCUAUGGAGUUUUCACGCAAAGACCCUGUUCACGAAAAUGGAAACAUCUCGGAGAAGCAAUUUGCUGAGCUGUUGCUCACCUAUGCCAAUUAUGCGCCCAAGAAACGCACUUCAACAUUGAAGCGGGUCAAGAAAACCUUCAAGCCCACGGAGGAGUGCCAAUAUCCAGGAAUCUCAUUAGAAGAGUACAUCAACAUCUUCUACCUUCUAAUGCACAUUGAGGAUGUAGAGAAGGCCUUGUGUUUCCAUAAUUUGGCUGGAGCGUCAAUUGAUCAGAGAACCCUGAAACACGUGGCCAAAGUGACAGCUGACGUGGAUUUAUCCGAACACGUGGUAAACGUGAUUUUUACCAUCUUUGAUGAAGACGGCGAUGGAGGGUUAAGCAAUCGCGAAUUUGUGGCCGUGAUGAAGAAUAAGUUGAAGAGAGGAUUGGAAAAGCCCAAGGAUACGGGAUUCAUGAAUUUCUUCACAGCUGUCACGAAAUGUGCCUUGACUGUGAAAGCCAAGGUUCCAUAGGCAGAAGUGAUCGUUUCUUCCACUAUUAUAUCACGGUUUUAUCAGGGAUAUUGUUCCACUUUUUGAUCUUGUUACAAAUUUCCAUUGUUUCUAAUUUGAUGGAAACUUUAGAGACUCUGUUAGAUUUUUGUCGAAUUGUUAAACAGAGGGAAUGUGUGACUAUGCUCUCUUUCUAAGCAUGGGGGAAAGUACCCGUUGAAUCCGAUUGUCAAACCAGAUUUAAGAUACUGUAUUGUCCAUCCAACUCCUAAUAAGACAUUGUGAUUGAUAUUCAUCAAAUUCGAAGAAUAGACUAGUGUCAACAAGCAACAAUAAACAAACUGAAUAA